AAAAAAAUCAAAAAUCAAAAAAUUAAAAAGUCUCUCUUUUGAUUUUUCUUUCUUUUUUUUUUUUUUCUUUUGCGUCUUGGUCUUUCUCCCCAGAUUCUCUCUCUCUUCUUCUUUUCUCCUUUGGUUUUCUCGGCGGCUUCUUUCUUCUUUCUUCUUCUUCUUCUUCUUCUUCUUAAAGCUAUAAUAUUUCUCCAUUUUUCUUGGGAUAAAUCUUUCUCCUUUCUGCAGACGCCAUGUCGGACAAAGGUCGUCCCUUGCCGAAAUUUGGUGAAUGGGAUGUGAAUGAUCCAGCCUCAGCAGAAGGUUUCACUGUGAUAUUCAACAAAGCUAGGGAUGAGAAAAAGACUGGUGGCAAACCCGGUUCACCUGGUAAAUCCAGUGAGGGACAUGUUAAGUCUGGAGGAGGAGAUCCUAGUAAACCUCAGCCUAAAAAAUGGCUCUGCUGCAUGCAAUCUCCAGCUGUGGACUCUUGACAGACACAAAAGAUGGAUUUGGGUUGCUGCUCAUAAAAAAAGUCACACUGCUUACACAUCUAAAGCAAUGUUCUUUUAUGUUUUAUUGUCUUUCUUGAAAUUACCCACACACACAAAAAAAAAUGGUUCCUAAGAUGAUUUGGAGCUACCCUUCCCCUUUAGUAUCACGAUUAUGAUUCCUUCUUCUUUGAAGUUGUUUGUUCUUAUAAAAAUGCUGUAAAAUCGUGUUGCCACUUUAUUGGAAAACCAGAAAAGAAAAAAAGAAGAAAAAAAGAAACAACACAGUUACUGUGUCUAUAUGUAAUGGUGUCUUUUUGGUUUUGAUUUUUAUGUUGUCUUUUUCCUUGAAUUAUAAGUAUACUUAUGUUGUGCUCCU